UUUUUUUUUUUUUUUUUUUGCCACUCAGCUGUGAGUGUUCACAUGCUGCGUCUCCAGAGUUUUCAGCCUGUGCUGCGAGGGGAAGACCUCCGAGCUCCGAUGGACAUCUACCAGGAGGCUGUGCGUUAUCUGGAAUCACAUCAUGUACCAGUUGUAGUGGAAGCAGAGCCGGAUGUCUUGGAGGAGGAUGUGUUCCAAGAGGAGGCAGUGUCCUGUUUUCUCUCUCCUCUCCAAACAGAGAGUAUAGAUUUCCCCGACACCCCUACGUUGUGCAGCCCGGAGGAAAUGUUGGAGAGGAGACUUGUGGUCCUGAAAGGCAUCCUGGAGAGUGAGGAGGUUUAUCUGAGAGAGCUGGAGGCACUACUCAUGCCCAUGAAGGCUCUGCGGGCCUCAGCCGGGACCUCCCAGCCAGUCCUGUCCUCUCGACAGGUCCAGACUGUUUUCUACCAGGUGCCCGAGCUCAGAGACAUGCACCAGAGCUUCUACUCAGGCCUGAAGGACCGGCUGAGCGCUUACUGCCAGACACAUCCCAGCCCGGGUGAGGAAAGAGAGAUGAGCCACCCGGGCUUUGAGCUGAUAGUGGGGGACUUGUUUCUGAAAAUGGUGAACCAGAUCGGUCUGUACGGUGGUUUCAUUGGAAACUACGAAGAAGCUGUUGAAAUUGUUCGCAAGUGCACACAGUCAGACCCUCGCUUCCGAACUCUGGCCGAGAGCAUGAUGUCAAACAACGGUGCAGACAAAGCUCGGACCAAAUACACAUUCGAAGCUCUACUGUACAAACCUUUGGACAGAGUCACCAAGACCACACUAGUGCUGCGUGACCUCCUGAAGACGACACCAGUGGAGCAUAAAGAUUACGUAGCCUUACAAGAAACUCUGAGAUUGUCUCGCAGCUUCCUUUCUGGUGUCAAUGAGAGUUCACAGCGUAAACGAGAGGUCACGCUCAGUCACGGCUUGAGACGUCAGCUGAUGCGUGACGGCUUUGUGGUGGAUGUGAGCGAGGGGGAUCGCAACCUGCGUCACCUCUUCCUUUACACCGAUCUCCUGCUGUGCACCAGAUUCAAACAUGCAACCAGAGGGAAGCAGGAUCAGUACAGGUUCUGCUGGUACCUGCCUCUCGCUGGUCUCAAACUUCGCUGGGUUGCAGAUCAGGAACGAUCAUGUGACACAAAUCUCCGCCUACACACCAUACGAACCAAGAUGUACCUCCUCCGACAGCAGCUGCAGCAACAAGCAAAGGGAUACAGAGGUUUGCACCUGGCGGCUCGUAGCAGGAAGAAACUGGAGCAGAUGGAGCUGAUGUUGCUCACACAUUCUCCUCAUUACAGAUUAGAGCUGCACAGCCCCAGUGACAAGAGCCACACUCUCCUCUUCUCUUCCUUGUAUGAACUUGAAGAAUGGAGAGAAGCCAUUUAUAAACUCACUACAGAUAACAUAGAAACUGUCCCUCCAGACCUGCUCACUCUCACCAGUGCAUGUGUGAAACUGAGAAUGACCCAGCAACCGCCACUACAAAGCUCAAACGCCGUAGAGGACAAGGAGGCGUUGUGUGGGACUCUGAGUGUGGCGAUUCACUCCGCCUGCAGCCUGCAGCAACCAACCUGUGUUUAUGUGUGUGUAGAAGUGGAUGGCUAUGAGUUUUACAACAAACAGGCCCAGACUCACUCUUCAGUCCACAGCCUCAACCCACACUGGGACCAGGAGCUGUGUUUCCAGGUGGACGGGGCUCAGAACCUGAGGGUGCUCUGUGUGGGUCAGUCUGACGGUCAGGACGAAGCUGUCCUGGGAAAAACUACUUUAAAGCUGGAAUCUAAAUCCCUGAUUGAGCGAUGGAGGAGACGGACUCUACAGCUCGGCCAAGUGGAGGUGACUCUGUCCCUUAAGUACAACCCCCACCCGCUUGAACCGCCCAGCUCCGCAGCCCAAGAACAGCCUGUCUUCUGUGUCCCUAUUGAAACUGUGGCUCAACAGGAGGGGGUGCUGGUCCCUCAUGUGGUGCGAUGCUGUGUGGAGGAGGUGGAGAGGAGAGGCAUGGCUGAGGUGGGAAUCUACAGGAUUUCGGGGACCACCAGUGAAAUCAGCAUGCUCAAGGCUGCGUUCAACAGCAAUCUGCGUGAAGCAGUAACCAGGCUGAGGAGUGCAGAGGUGAACGCCGUCUCUGGUGUCCUCAAACUCUACUUCAGAGAGCUGCCUGAACCCCUCAUACCCACCGAGCUGUUUCAGAGUCUGGCCAGGACACUGGACAUCCAAGACAUGGACUCGCGGCUCGUCUCCAUGCUGUCCCUGCUACAGUCCUGUCCUGACGCCAACCGUCACACCUUCCUCUACCUCAUACGCCACCUACAACGAAUAUCUGAGAGGCAAGACAUCAACAAGAUGUCUCUGCUGAACCUGGCGACAGUGUUUGGUCCGAGCCUUUUACGCCCCCCUGUGGCUGGAGUGGGACACGACGGCCCUGCUGUGGAUAUCUCUCAGGAGGUGGUGGUACAGGUCCAGGUGGUUUUCUCCUACCUGCAGUGCAACAACCUCCCUGAAGCCCAGAUCUCUGUGCCAUAUGACACAGACCCUGAAGAUGCGACCACCCACAUUUGAGACCAGCACCGGUGUCACAACGGCUGGCAGGAAAUUCAAAUAGAGUGUGUGUGUGUUUUUAUAGACAUAUAAAAACUAUACUGACUAUACUGUACAGCUGAUGUGAAAUAUUUAAAUCAAACCAUUUUCGUGCUACAUGAAUUCUCAAAGACCUGCAACCAUUUCGGCUUUUAAUCUGUUUUAAAUCAAAUUACACUACAGUAAAAGAGCUUUCAAUCAUAUCACAUUUUCAACAGCUCAGGGAGUUCCCCAUUCAUCUUGGAAUAUAAAUGUUAUCUCUUUUUUUGACUCAUUGACUUCUCAUCUAUGUCAGCUUAAAAGUUAAAGUUCAUCUGUGACCUGGAAACAGUCCUCCCACAAUGUACAUUUACUGUAUUAUUAUUUAUGAUAAAAGUUAAUUUGAAGUGAA